GAGGACUUCAUCUCUCGGGAGCUGUUCGACACCAUCCAGGUGUACGUCAUCACGAAGCCCGAGCUGCAGAACAAGCUGAUCACCGUGACGGCCAUGGAGAAGAAGCUGAUCGGCUGCCCCGUGUGUAUUGAGCACAAGAAGUACAGCCGAAACGCUCUGCUCUUCAACCUGGGCUUCGUGUGCGAUGCCAGAGCCAAGGCCUGUGCACUGGAGCCCAUAGUGAAGAAGCUGGCUGGCUACCUGACCACCCUGGAGCUGGAAAGUGGCUUCAUCUCCAACGAGGAGAGUAAGCAGAAGCUGGUUCCCAUCAUGACCAUCCUGCUGGAGGAGCUGAAUGCCAAAGGAAAGUGCACCCUGCCCAUAGAUGAGUCGAACACUAUCCACCUGAAGGUGAUUGAGCAGCGCCCGGACCCCCCCAUUGUGCAGGAGUACGAUGUCCCCGUCUUCACCCAAGACAAGGACGACUUCUUCAACUCCCAGUGGGAUCUCACCACGCAGCAGAUCCUGCCUUACAUUGAUGGCUUUCGGCAUGUCCAAAAGAUUUCUGCAGAAGCCGACGUGGAGCUGAACUUGGUGCGCAUUGCAGUGCAAAACCUGCUGUAUUACGGGGUCGUCACACUCGUCUCCAUACUCCAGUACUCCAAUGUCUACUGCACCACACCAAAGGUCCAGGAUUUAGUGGAUGACAAGUGUCUCCAGGAGGAGUGUCUGUCCUAUGUCACCAAACAAGGGCACAAGCGAGCCAGCCUCAGGGAUGUCUUCCAGCUGUACUGCGGGCUGAGCCCUGGCACAACGAUGCGAGACCUCAUCUCCCGCUACACCCUGCAGCUCCAGAGGGUGGACGAGAGGAGGCUCAUCCAGUUUGGUUUGAUGAAGGGCCUUAUCCGGCGGCUCCAGAAAUACCCCGUUAAGGUUGCCCGGGAAAGGGCCCCCCCGCCCCGCCUGUACCCGGGCUGCCACAGCUACGACGAGAUCUGCUGCAAGACCG